AUGACUCAAGACGAGACAUGGAAAUUCUCUCAAUGUUUUGGUGACAAGGGAGAUAUCGAAAACAUAACUGAAGCGGACAUUAUAUCUACUGUUGAGUUUGAUAGCACAGGAGAUUUUCUAGCAACUGGUGAUAAGGGCGGGAGAGUAGUACUAUUUGAACGGAGUCACAACAAAAAGAAACAAGGCUGUGAAUACAAGUUUUUCACCGAGUUUCAGAGUCACGAUGCUGAAUUUGAUUAUUUGAAAUCGUUGGAAAUUGAAGAAACGAUAAAUAAAGUCAAGUGGUUGAAAAGUGGCACUGAUGCAUUGUAUCUUUUAUCUACAAAUGACAAGACUAUCAAGUUGUGGAAGAUCCAAGAACGGCAAAUCAAAUUAGUAUCUGCGAACAAUCUCAAUGGACUGGACCAUUUCCCUGUGGAAGGUAGUGGUGGUGGACUUGGUGGCGGUCUUGGUGGCGGUCUUGGCAUAUCAUCAUUGAAAUUGCCACAAUUGGAAUUGCACGAUAAAUUGAUCUCGGUUCAGCCAAAGAAGAUUUACUCGAACGCUCAUGCCUAUCACAUAAACUCCAUCUCAGUCAAUUCUGAUCAAGAAACUUUUAUAAGCGCUGAUGAUUUGAGAAUAAAUUUGUGGAAUUUGGGUAUAGCUGAUCAGUCGUUCAACAUUGUUGAUAUCAAACCAACAAAUAUGGAAGAGUUGACUGAAGUCAUCACCAGUGCCAAGUUUCACCCCACACAAUGUAAUCUAUUUAUGUACAGUUCAUCAAAGGGGACGAUUAAAUUGUCAGAUAUGAGAUCUAGCUCAUUAUGUGACACACACGCCAAGAUUUUUGAGGAGUAUUCUGAUCCAUCGUCACAUAAUUUCUUCACUGAGAUUACCAGUUCCAUUUCCGAUGUUGAAUUUAGUGCCAAUGGGCGGUACAUUGCAUCGAGAGAUUACAUGACGGUGAAAAUCUGGGAUUUGGCAAUGGAGAAUAAACCAGUCAAGACAAUUAAUGUUCAUGAACAUUUGCGAGAACGGUUGUGUGACACAUAUGAGAACGAUUCCGUGUUUGAUAAGUUUGAAGUACAAUUCAGUGGUGACAGUAGAUCAGUUAUGACAGGCUCAUACAAUAACAAAUUUAUGAUUUACCCCAACGUUACUUCGGGCGAAGAUGCCAAAACCUUCAAGAGCACGUCGUCGUCGUCAAAGUCGUUAAAGUCGAAGAAGAGGAGCAAGAACAGAAAAGGAUGGCGAGGUGGUGAUGGCACAAAUGGCGGUGAUAAUGUUGACGAAGAUAAUGACAAUAACAAUGACGACGACGACGAAGAAGAAGAAGAUGAUGACGAUGAUGACGAUGUUGACGAAGAUGACGAAGAUGACGAAUUUGACCAGAUGGACUCUCCGCCGAAUAAUAAGAACUCGCCAGUUUCGCAAUUGGAGGAUGAAGAGGACCAAGAUGAGAUUAUAUUACAAGCUGAUAAGUCUGCCUUCAAGUCAAAGAAGACAGGUAAUCAUUCCUCCAGAAGGAGGAUGAUGAGCGGAGGAGUCUCCAAUCUUGGACGCGAUUACGAUGACAUUGAUUUCAAAAAGAAUAUUUUGCAUUUAUCGUGGCAUCCAAGGGAGAAUUCAGUGGCUAUUGCAGCAACCAACAAUUUAUACAUUUUUUCAACUCUAUAG